CUCCGGUGACAGCUGUUCGUCAAACACCUCAAAACUCUGCACGCGCUCCUCUCCGGGUGUGACGUCCUCCGCGCGCUGGUAUGACGUGAUGACGUGUUUCUUUUAGUGUUUGUGGAGUGUUGUGAGCGAGCACGCCGCGCUGCUGCUGCUCACGGAGGCGCGCACGUACUCAAACAUGGACGCGCUGUUGGACUUUGAGGAGUGCGUCAAAGACACGCCGCGCUUCAGACUGAGCCUGGAUCAGUUUGAGACUGAAGUCUCUCACCUGGAAAAAGCUUUGGAAAAGGUGCUGAAGUUGUGUGGGAAGAUGGUGGAGGCGGGACAAUCGUACAGCUCCACCAAUCAGAAGUUCCUGAGCGGCUUAAAGGAGCUGUGUGGAUUUUACCACAAAGACGGAGUCAUCACAGGUUGUCUGGAGCAGUUCCAUCAGGCUCUGAGUGAGGUCCACAGCUUCCACACUAUGUUUUUGGAUCAGACUCAGAGGGCCAUCGCUCAGCAGCUCUCCAGCCUCUGCUCCCAGUUUCUGCCCCCUCUGGCUGACUGCAGGAGAGAGUUCUUGAGGAUCGGGGAGGAUCUGGAGUCUGUGAGUCUGAAAAACGCUCAGGUCUCCAGACUGAAACAGGCUGAAGCUGAGAAGAGCUCACUGCUCCUGCUGGCGACGAGGAAGUGCUACCAGCACUUCACCCUCGACUACUGCCUGCAGCUGAACUCUUUCCGGACGCAGCACAGAGCCGACAUCCUCAACUCAAUCUUCUCAUUCGUUCAGGCCCAGAGCACCUUCUUCCACCAGGGAUUUGACCUCCUGAAAGACCUGGAGCCGACCAUCAAGAGCAUGGCCCAGCAGAUUUCACGAGUGUCGUCUGAAUGUUCAGCCACAAGGAAAGAACUGGAGAACACACACCAGCUCGUCCAACAGAGGGACGCCUGUGGGGAGCCCUGGGCUGGUCCGUGUCCGCUCUCUGGAGACUCUCUUCAGGGAAAACUGUUCAAACGCAGCCGCCGGAAAACCAAGACCUGGAAGAGAUGUUGGUUUUCGAUUCGAGACAAUCAGCUCCUCUACAGAAAAUCCCAUAAGGAGGACUCUGUGGUUCUGUUCGAGGAUCUCAGACUUUGUGCUGUCAAAAUAUUAGAAAGUAUCGACCGACGAUUCUGCUUCGAACUGCUCUCUGUGCAGAAGUCCUGUGUACUUCAGGCAGACUCAGAGCUUCUCAGACAGACCUGGGUCACAGCUUUACAGGGGAGCAUCGACCAGGCCUACAGAGACUCCCCCAAACCCCAGUCUCCAGACUCUCCUCCGCUGGCCCCCCCUCAGGCCUCUCCUCGUGCCCAGGACAGGCUCACUGUCCUGGGUGUAGCUCUGCAGGGAGCAGGGAACCUCUGGUGCUGCGACUGUGGAGCCGAGGAGCCGAGAUGGGCCUCAGUCAAUCUGGGAGUGACUGUCUGCAUCCACUGCUCUGGGAUACACAGGAGUCUGGGGGUUCACGUGUCAAAGGUCAGAUCCAUCACUCUGGACUCGUGGGACCCAGAACAUCUCAAGCUGCUGUGCAUUCUGGGAAACGAUGUGAUGAACAGAGUGUACGAGGCGGGAUGUGCAGAGGAGGGUCGAGUCAAACCACAGCACGACACAUCAAGAUCAGAAAAAGAAGAAUGGAUUAAAGAAAAGUACAUAGACAAGAGAUUUGUGAAAAGAGACGAUCCAGAUUGUUCUAAGGAGGAGCGGGCGCGGCGUCUGUAUCGGGCGGCGGUGGAAGGGGACCUGGUCUCCAUGGCGACAGCUUUGGCUCAGGGGUCAGAGGUCAACGCCGUGGUGCCAGAGGAACAUGGCCGCACGGCGCUGAUCGGAGCCGCAGUCGGGGGGUCGCUCUUGGCCUGUGAGUUUCUUCUUCUGAACGGAGCGAACGUGAAUCACAGAGACCUGCGUGGACAGGGCGCUCUGCACGCGGCGGCCACUGCUGGACACACCGGUCAGGUGUGUCUGCUGCUGAAGCGAGGAGCCAAUCAGUACGCAGCAGACGAGAGAGGACACGACCCGUUGGCCAUCGCCGUGGAGACCGCCAACGCCGACAUCGUCACUCUUUUGAGAAUGGCCCGAAUGAACGAAGAGAUGAAAGACUCAGAGGGACUGGGAGCCACAGGCGACGAUGAAACGUUCCAGGACAUUUUCCGAGAUUUCAGUGACAUGGCGUCGCACCAGCCGGACAAACUGAGCCGACGCACGUUCAGCCGCGACGCAGAGGACGACCAGGAGUAGACUGAGAAUGAACGCAGAGGAGACGCAGAGGAAGAUAAAAGUCCUGCUCGUCGUCCCCAGUCAAGUCCUCGUUUUCUGACCUCGACCUCUGACCUCUGACCUCUGACCUGCGUAAUCUCUUCUUCUGCGCGUGACGGGUCGACCUGAUCCGUGUCUUGAGUUUGUACUUCUGUAAACGGGGACGGAGGAGGAUCAGCCGUGACAAAGACUGUGGUAAAAGUACGAGCGGGCGCCGCCUCUGGACCAUCGACUGUUGACGUAGCUAACCCGCUAGCCGCCGCGCUACAAACAGGAAGUGAUCAUGAGUGCACUUCCUGCUCCAUCGACUCCACCUCUUUGCUCUUAAAUGUUCGUAUUAACCCUCGACAUGAUCCUGGGGUUUUUAUUUCACUCUUGUGUCUGUAAAAUCAAGAUCUGAACAUUAAAAACAGACGAAUCAGGCGUCUUCUCUGGUUGCUAUGACACUCGUGGUCAUGACUCUGCUCUAAAUUCGCCGCUACGCCCGCUCCGGCCUCGAUGAGCUUCAUUUGGAGGUG